AUUUCCCUUUCAAAACUACCUGCUUUUUUUAGUUAUAAUUUCAUUUUUAAGUCCGCUCUCAAGAAGCCAUUUCAUUCUUCUGUUUCAUUGAAUUCCCAAGAAACAAGAAGAAGAAAAAAUGUUGACAAUUAGCAUUCUCUUCUUAGCAUUUCUCUUCAUUCUUGGUUUAAUCACAACCCUUUUCAGUUUUCCCACUAAAAAGUUCCAAUCUUGGAUCUUUUCCCUCUCUGUUAAACCUCAAACCCCAACCCCUUUUGUCAAGAAAGAUCCAAUCUUGAUUGAAAAGAAGAAGAGUAUGACAAGUAGUAGCCAUAAAAAGGUUGAGUUGAGGGGUAUUUUUGCAACUUUUGACAAGAACAAUGAUGGGUUUAUAACUAAUCAAGAACUGAAACAAUCACUCAAGAAUAUUGGGAUUUUCAUGGAAGAUGUAGAUAUUCUUGAAAUGGUUGAAAAAGUUGAUUCUAACAAAGAUGGGUUGAUUGAUCUUGAUGAGUUUUAUGAGCUUUGUUAUACUUUCUUGGGAAUUGAGAAAGUUGUUAGUGAAAAAGAGGAAGAGGAGGGGGAUUUGAAAGAUGCUUUUGAUGUGUUUGAUAAUGAUAAAGAUGGAUUGAUAUCUGAGGAGGAAUUGAGUAAAGUACUUUCAUCUUUGGGGUUAAAUCAAGGUAAGAAAUUAGAUGAUUGUAAAGAAAUGAUAAGGAAUGUUGAUGUGGAUGGUGAUGGAAUGGUGAAUUUUGAUGAAUUCAAGAAGAUGAUGAGAGAUGGUGGAAGGCUUAUUCCAAUUUCUUAGAAAGUUUCCAUUUUUAUUAUCAAGAAAAAUCUCUACAGCUACUAGUGCUAUUCUUCAAGAGUUUUUUUGUUUUUCAUCCCUAUCUCCAAGACGAACAACAGUGUUUUCACUUAGGUGUUGCGUGACUUGAACUCUCAACUUUAGUGUUUUCGCUUAAUCCUCAAUCUUAGUGUUUUCACUUGUCCUCCAUGGUGACUCAUAACCCAUAACUUUGGUGUUUUCACUUGCCCACCAGUAUGACUCAAACCCUCAACGGAAGUAUUUUAACCUAGCCUGCAGCGGGAUUCAAAUACUUAACCUUAGUGUUUUAACCUAGCCUUUAGUGUGAUUCGAACCCUUAAUCUUAGUGUUUUCACUUAUCUUCCAGCGUGACUUAAAUCCAUAACCCAGUGUUUUCACUUAUCAUUCAGCGUGUGAUUCAAACCCUUAGCCUUAGUGUUUUCACUUAUCCUCCAACAUGAGUUGAACCCUCAACUUAUCUACUGGUCGAUGAUGAAGAUGUUCAACCACUUGAACAAGACUUACUUUUCUAAUCUUCAAGAUUGUACAAAUAGGAAAAGAAAUUAGCAUUGAGUGGAUUAUGUAUAGUUAGUUACUUUUUCUUUAGUUUCUCUUAGAAUUUGCUGAAAGUUAAAGAUUGGAUCUGAGGUCUGGUUAAGUCAACUAAGAUUUUUUUUUUUUAACUAGUUGAAUUAGAGAAGAAGCAUCAUCACACUUGUGGUUCUGUAUUUGAUCUGAUUGUGUUGUUUUCAGAGCAGACAAGUUCAUGGUUGUACUGACACACUAUAUGUUUGUUUAUUAAUUGACUUCUUUUUCCUUUA